GAUUAAUUUUUUACAUCCCUAUUCUGCAAUAUUAUUUUGUUUCACGGUCCAAAAAAAACGGAAAUCAGGGCUUGGGGUUUGGUUGGAGUCGCACAAACGCAAAUAGAAGCCAUGGACGUUGCCCCCGCACCGCCCGUCAGUUCCGCCGGCGAUCUAAAGACCCAGCAGACGCCGAUCAGUCCGAAUCCAAUUCCAAACCAAGCGCCGGCCGCAAACGCAAAGGCAACAACAAUCGAAAAUGGUGUACAAACAGGAGGAGCGAAAAAGCCAGAGAGUUGCGGUGAGAAAACACCCGAAUCGAUGCAUUCCACUGCGAAGGGCCAGAAGGACGAAAAGGACGAGGGCCAGCCCAAGACCGAGUUGGCUGACAAAGUAUUGAUUACCAUAUGCAGCGCCGAUCGCAAGAUCAAGAAGACUUUUAUGUCCUUACCCACGCGAAUGGAUGUAAUCGAAAAGGCCCACAAAUACGGCCUUUGUGGCAGCACGAUUGUCCUGGAGAGCAACGGCUGCGAGAUCUGCGAGGACGACGUGCUCCUGUUCGCCGCCAAGGAGAAGAUUCUGCUGAUGCUUCUGGCCGAGUCAGAGGAGUAUGUGGUGCUGCCUCCGCCGUCGCCACUAAAUCGAUCCGAACGCGCCGGCAGCUCGGUGGAUCCCAGCUUCUAUGCCAACAACAGUAUUGUGUCCAACCCGAACGACUCGACUGUCUCCAAUGACGAGACCUUGUCGCUGUCCAGCGUAACACCUUCGAGUGCAAAGAGUUCAGCUUUGUUCAAGGAGUUCUCGAUACCCUGGAGUAAGGUGCCCGGGGACAUAAUGAAGCUGCUGAAGGGCAAGCUUAGCUUGGGCAAGCGCUUAAAUACUCUGGCCAACUUUUUGGUGGACGCUCUCCGCGAAAUAUCUGCCCACAUUCCCAUAAGGGUUUUCCGGCAGGUGGCCCAGCAGGCGGCUGAAAAGUACCCGGACUCCCUGCUUGAGAAGGACCGCGAGGGUCAGUUCAUUGCCACCACUCCGCAGUCGCUCAUCUCCAAGAUGAUCAACCGUAACAAUACCCUCAAUAAACCGCAAAAGCGCGGAGGCUCUGGAACUUUUGAGAUCCACAUCUCCGGCAAAAAACGAAAAUUCGGAGCUAGUGUCUCCAAUGGCGACAGUGCCAAAGCACUGGCUGUCAACAGGGAUCUGGAGCACAAGAAGGAACUUCUUAUAUCCAGCUUCCGCGGCAGUUCCCCCCUGGAAGAGUCCACCGUUAUCGAAUAUAUGAAGGAGUGCUUUCCGCUUCAGCGUUCCUUCUUCAAUAACAGCGAAAAGAUUCCGGACAUCACGGCCAUCAGGGACAAUUGGCCAUAUAUUUUUGACAAGGCUGUGCUGUACCAGCACUUCGAGCUGCUCAUGUCCAUCGAUCCCCGGGUUUUGGAGAAGCGUCUGGCCGGCGAAAAGGAGCGCUUCUUUAGGUUCUUCAAGAGCUCGAAGAAUAAGAAGAUCAACGCUCUGGAGGAGACCAACGCAAAUUUGCUGCGUGGCAUAGCGUAUCAUUUCAAUGAGGAUCCCGACUACAUCUUCAAGCACCUGGAGAGCGGUUCCCUUGACAAGGAAACGCUGCAGAGCACGAAUCCCACAAAUGCCCCCUGGGUGGCUCUAGUCAAUUCGCCCAUAGCAACGGCCGAUGGCGUGGAACCACAGAUGGAGGCCAAAAUCUACAUCGAGGGCCAGAUAAUGGCCACGUUCGCCGCCAAGGACAACGACCUGCCGGACAUUCUGGCCCAGCUGAUCUGCUACUACUAUACCUUUAACAUGAUGUACCCCAAGGAAGCCAAUCAAACACUCGAAUUUAUCGUCGUUUACUUUCUGCAACACUCGCCGGAUCAGGUGCGGUCGGCCAAAAAAUCGGUGACCAGCAACGGCAAGUUUAACCAGCUAAUUACCAAGCUGAUCAACGCCAAUGGCUGAAAAUCCGAGCUGGACUUGGCUGGAUCCAUCGCGCAGCGGGCGUCGCUUCAAUCUCCUUUUGCUCCUCCCGUCGGAGGAGCAGUUGAAUACUGUUUAGUUUAUUUAUUUUCGCCGACCUAUUCCACAUGUAUUUGUACCAUUACUUUUAAGAUUUACAUAAAGUGUGUAGUAAUGUUGUGUAUACAUUUCUGAUUUGUCACCCAAA